CACGUGAACGCGUCAGCGCUGUCACGUGACAAGCUUUCCGGCUUGUCGCAAUUCCAACAUGGCGGUGUGUGUAGCUGUCAUAGCGAAAGAGAAUUACCCUCUGUAUAUCCGGUGCGUUCCAACACAGAGUGAGCUGAAAUUCCACUACACAGUGCACACUUCGCUGGACGUGGUGGAGGAGAAGAUCUCUGCAGUUGGUAAAGCGAUGGCUGAUCAGCGAGAGCUCUACCUGGGACUGCUCUACCCUACAGAGGACUACAAAGUAUAUGGCUAUGUGACGAACUCCAAAGUGAAGUUUGUGAUUGUUGUGGACUCAUCAAACACAUCACUGAGAGACAACGAGAUACGAAGCAUGUUCAGAAAAUUGCACAACUCCUUCACAGAUGUCAUGUGCAAUCCCUUCUACAACCCUGGAGAUCCAAUUCAGUCCAAGGCUUUUGACGGCACGGUGUCAGCCAUGAUGGUGCCAUCCUGCUGAAGCUGCAUUUUACUCUGUUGUACAUACAGAAGUUUGUGUCGUUUUGUGCAUUUGUGUAUAUGUAUGUUGUAUGAAGUAAAAUAUUUUCAAUUAAUAAACUGAUUUACUACACUGA